AGCACUUGUGGUCCCUUCCAUUUCGUGUAUUGCACCGCCAGUGGUAACAGACUCACUCUCCCUUAUAUAAACCCCCUUUCAUCGAAGGGGGAGCUCACGAUAACAUCAUCAACUCUUCUUGUUUGGUUACUAGGAGCAGGGUAAUGGAGGUGGGAGCUCAUCAAACUGUGGUGACAGUCGAGAUGGCAGAGAACAACGAAGUUGUUGUUUCUGAGUCUCAAAUGCAAAUCGAGAGCAAGUCCUCCUCCACCGGACUCAGACGAGAGGGCUUUAAGAGGCUUGAUUCUUUGGACAAAGAAGCUAACAAUUUAUCUGGAUUAUCGGUCUCCAAAGCUUUAUCCAUUAUGGGGGUGUUGAAGCUGGCUUUCCAAAGUAUCGGAGUGGUGUAUGGAGACAUCGGGACUUCGCCGCUGUACGUGUUCGAGAGCACCUUCGCCGAAGCAAGAUCUCCUCCCACACGUGAACAUAUAGUUGGAGCGCUCUCCCUCAUCAUAUACUCCCUUACUCUCUUCCCUCUCAUCAAAUACAUCUUCAUAGUGCUAUGGGCCAAUGACAAUGGAGAUGGUGGGACUUUUGCUAUGUAUUCACUGAUAUGUAGAUAUUGUAGAGUGAGUGCGACGACAAAUGAGCAAGCAGAGGACAUAACGGCUUAUAAGGAGGGUCACAAGAAGAGAAUGAAUGGGAGGGCCAAGAGGAUUAAGGAGGCCAUUGAGGGAAGUGGAUUUGCCAAGUUAUUGCUGCUCUGCAUAGCCCUCUUCGGCACGUGUAUGGUCAUCGGAGACGGCAUUUUGACUCCAUGCAUCUCAGUUCUAUCAGCAGUGGAAGGGGUGAAGAAAAUGGACGCCUCCAUUAGCCAAGAGGCGGUAGUGACGCUAUCUGUGGCCAUAUUGGUGGUGCUUUUCUCAGUCCAAAGGUUAGGCUCAGACAAGGUCGGAUACACAUUUGCCCCGGCCAUACUAGUAUGGUACUCAUUCAUCACUGUCAUUGGCGUCUAUAAUAUUCUCCAUCAUGAUUUCACUGUCCUCAAGGCAUUCAAUCCCCUGUGCAUCCUUCAAUACUUCACCAGCGCAAGCAGCAACCCGAAACAAGCAUGGAUUUCACUUGGAGGCAUUGUGCUAUGUAUGACUGGAACCGAGGCCAUGUUUGCAGAUUUGGGUCAUUUCUCUGUUAGGUCCAUCCAGAUUGCUUUCGCUGGACUGGUGUAUCCCUGCCUUAUCUGCGCUUAUGUUGGGCAAGCCGCCUAUCUCUCACAUCGCCCUGAUCAUAUAGGCGAUGCUUUCUAUAAAUCCACACCAGAUAGCGUUUACUGGCCCAUGUUUGUGGUUGCGGUUCUUGCGUCAAUAAUUGCAAGCCAAGCGAUGAUCUCUGCAACCUUUGCAAUCAUAAAGCAGUCAAUGGCACUUGGGUGCUUCCCUCGAGUGAGAAUUGUCCACACGUCCCGAUCACAUGAGGGCCAAGUCUACAUUCCCGAAAUCAACUUCCUCCUAAUGCUAGCCUGUGUAAUGGUCACCGCCUCCUUCAAAGAUACAGCCAACAUUGGAAAUGCUUAUGGCAUAGCAGUGGUCGCCGUGAUGCUUGUCACCACUGCUCUACUCACCCUCAUCAUGCUCAUGGUCUGGCAGACCAGUCUCAUCCUUGUGGCUCUCUUUGUGGCCAUCUUUGGCUCCUUAGAAUUGAUCUAUUUCUCAUCAGUCCUCUACAAGUUUGAUAAGGGUGGAUACCUUCCCCUUAGCUUUGCAGCUGCCCUCUUCUUGGUGAUGUAUGUUUGGUACUAUGUACAAACAAAGCGUUAUGCUUAUGAGUUCGAACAUAAGCUCUCGGCAGAGCAAAUGACCACAAAUCCUGGGUUGACUCGAGUUCCAGGAAUUGGCCUCCUUUAUACAGAGCUUACACAUGGUGUUCCUUCAAUUUUCUCACACUUCCUCACCAACCUUCCUGCCAUGCACUCUGUUGUCGUUCUCGUCUCAGUGAAAUACCUGCCUAUCAACAAGGUACCUGUUAGUGAGAGGUUCCUGUUUCGCAGAGUUGGGCCCAAGGCCUGCAACAUGUACAGGUGCAUCGCUAGGUAUGGGUAUAGGGACCGGAGGGUGGGGAAUCAGGAGUUUGAGAGAUUUCUGAUGGACCACCUGAAGGCGUUCAUCAGGACCGAGGGAUGGGAGAAGGCUGAUAUUGAUGGUCAAGUAAGCGAGCGUAAUGAAGUUGAGGUUUCAAUAGGAGAGCUUGCUAUAGAUCACGUUGUUCCAAAAACCCAAUGUGGUAACACUCAGAGUACAGAGGGUGGGGAGGACAAUUGUGAGGAGAGGAGCAAUGAGAUUAUAAGAGAGGAAGAUGCAGAGGAGGAAAUAAGGUUCUUGGAGAGAUCAAGGGAGUCAGGUGUGGUGUAUCUAUUGGGGCAUAGCGAGGUGAGGGCAAGCAAGGAAUCAGGGUUGGUGAAGAAGAUGGUGGUAGAUUAUGUGUAUGACUUCUUGAGGAGAAAUUCAAGGCAAGGACUUGUUGCACUGCAAAUACCUCACAAGAACUUGUUGCAAGUGGGAAUGAAUUACUACAUAUGAUACCAUGUGGAGAUCUAGUCCCAGUAAGGUUUCGACUCCAUGAUAAAAGGCACGACAAGAAGAGAUGAUCUUGACAAAUGAGAUAAACAUGCAAGUGUUUUUCCGUUGGGUUGCUAAACCCAAUAUUGAGAUCAAUGUAGAAGCUCUGAUCACAUAAAGGAUCUUGGACUGCAACUCGGGAAUUUCACAAAUAACAUCUAUAUCCACUAUAACUUAGAGAAACACUUGUCAAUUAGAAACUAGUAGAGAUCUUUGAACUAAAUAACCAAAACUAUUCAAAAUCUUGUUGUGAAUAAUUCUUUUAAAAACGCACAAGAUUCAUGUUUUUACACAUGAAUCUGAAUGGAAGAGUGCGAGUUUGGUUUGUGCUUGGAAGAAAUCUGAAGCCUUGAUUUACCAUUUUGAUGGAUGAUCAGUCCAAGUGGGUAUACAGAAGGAACCCUCUAUAUUUGGAAAGUAGUUUCAACAAUCCACAUGGUUAGCUUU